GCCGGGGUCACCCCCGCCCCUCCGUGGUAGCAGGAACUAAUUCCCUUUCGGGUCACCGGAGGCCUGAGGUGGAAAGUUCUCCGUUCAGAGUGCCCUGAAACCCUGGGAAAAGGGAACAUCACCUCAAAUUACAAACCCCCUGCCAGCUCAAAAAAAGAAGAGUUCGAUUGAAAGUAGGGCUUUGGCCUCAUGACCCCAACCAAGCCCCGCCUCUUCCUGGUUGUCUUAGCGACGACGGUGGCGUCCCAAGAUGGCGUCGUGGCUGCCGGAGAUUCUGUUCGAAAUUGUAGGACAAGGCAAAGCGCCGAGCAAAGACUACUACCAGAUGUUGAUCACCCGCUCCCAGGUCAUCUUUAGAUGGUGGAAGAUUUCUCUAAGGAGUGGGUAUCAAUCAACAAAACCUGGAGAAGUAAAAGAAUCUCAUGAAGACUUCCGAGAGAAUUCACAUCUUCAGAUUCAAAUUGCCUUGGUGUUUGGUGCAAGAAUAUUGGACUAUGUCUUCAAUUUGUGUGAAGGUAGAAUCGACUUCCUUGAGCGGCUCUCAGACGAUUUGCUCACGAAUAUCAUUUCUUAUCUGGGCAUUGAAGAUAUUGCCAGCCUUUCUCUCACAUCACACAGAUUUUCAAAGCUGUGCACGUCUGACAAACUGUGGGAGCCAAUAAUUGAGGCCUCUGGUGAAAUCACCCCUGCCAUGAAGGCUCUGGCCCAGGACCCAAGUUGGAGACAAAAGUUCUUCAUUCGAAAGUUGCAUCUCUGCAAGAAGCAAAAUCAAAAAAGCCAGGCAGACAGUCAAUGAUAGGGAUGUUGAGGCAUGGCUGCGUUUUUCUGCUGUGUCCAUAUCUCUUCUGUUUCCUUUCAUUGAAAACUAGGAGGCAUUGCUGGUUCAAGGAGUCAUCUGAAAAGCACAAAGUACUUACUCACAGAUGCAGCAAACCCCACUCUGCAGGGCCUUGCCUGAACCACAGUCCUUCCGGUGAAGGUGAAGGUCAAAUCAUGGCCCACACAAGGGCUGAAAGACAGGAAGCCCACCAGUGAUGUCUUCCCCAUCCUCCAACACCCAAAGGAAAAAAGGCUGCUUCUGCAAUAAAUGGCUACCAGUGGAUUUUUUAUUACAUAUCUGUUUCAUCUAGGCAUUGGAAAAGGGAACCAAGCUUUUAAAUUCUUUGCUGAUGGUAUGUCAUCUGAGUCCAUUCAUGGAGCAGGGGCCACGUGUCGCCAGAGGGGCAAUGGCCUGGGUGGCACUCCCAUGAGUGCCACUGUCUUCCCAACUCUGUUCCUUGUAGUUUGCAUUCAGGACCUGGUCCUGUGGGCCCGGGAUGCUGGGCAUCAUCUCGCCAUGCAGACAACCCCUGCCCUGGCCCUGGGGUAUGGCCAUGCAGACAACCUAUGACCAGGCCAGGCAUGCUCCUUGCAGAUCUUGUUUAGAGCUCAGCCUCCCAGGACUUCACAUUGCCAAAUAAACCUAUAAAUAUUUCCUAGAGGGAUGUGUUUCCCAAAGGAUGUGGACAGUUACCACUCUUAUAACUGUGAUUUUUAAGAACACAAGCUGUGGGUAACUGUGUAAAAACCUGUGGUUUGUAUUCUUUUAACUUGGCAGAGGAGUAAAAACACUACAGUUUUAGGGGAGGGAAUGCCACCUUGCUGAGAUGGGUUAUUUAAGAAUAGUUUUCUUCCUGUGCUCUCGUGAGGUUUAAGUCCCCCAAUGAACUCAUAACAGUGGAUAAUCUCAUGACUCCUUUCAGGUUACAGAACAAAGUAGCUUUCAACUUCCCAUCACCCUUCUAACCUCAUUUCUUCAUUCCUGCAGCCUCUACUUUGCUACCUAGAAAACAAUGACAUAUGUAGCUCUCCACCCCACAUCCUCCAUGUCAGAGGGACUCCCCUGAUGCAGUGGGACCUCCCCAAAAGUGCAGAAGAGGCGAACUGCUGGCUGUCCUCCUCCUAGAUUCUUCUAGAAUGGUUUCAUAGCUAUGGCUCAGUGACAGAUAUUUUUUCUUUUUUUAAUCUCCACUCAAGGAUAUUUUUCCACUGGU